AUGAUGGUGCUUACUCAAUUGAUUUUGUGUUUCUGCAGCUGGACAAUUGCAGUUUCAGCCAUAUCGUUAGAGUCCAUCUUCCCACAGCGGUAUAUCAAUGGAUUAAUCCAGCAAGACUUAGCCCUGGAUGGGUCUCAAAAGAAAACCAAGGAAACGAGCGACUUUAGUGUUUUCACUUCUAGCAUUGAUGACGCAUAUUCUUUGAGAAUUAAGCCUGUAGAUCCCAAAUCUCUAGGCAUCGAUACUGUGAACCAAUGGGCCGGAUACUUGGACUAUAAGGACUCGAAGCACUUUUUCUAUUGGUUUUUCGAGUCUAGAAAUGAUCCUGUGAAUGAUCCGGUAAUUCUUUGGUUGAAUGGGGGUCCAGGAUGCUCAUCUCUUAUUGGGUUGUUCUUCGAAUUGGGUCCAUCCUCAAUUAAUGUGGAUUUGAAGCCUGUAUACAACCCAUAUUCGUGGAACUCGAAUGCGUCGGUGAUAUUUUUGGAUCAGCCAGUGGGCGUUGGCUUUUCCUAUGGUGAUUCUAAGGUUACAAAUACCGAUGCUGCAGCGGAAGAUGUGUACAUUUUCUUAGAAUUGUUCUUUGAAAGGUUCCCACACUUGAGAAACAACUCUUUCCACAUAUCUGGUGAGUCGUAUGCAGGACACUAUCUUCCUAAGAUUGCGCAUGAGAUUGCUGUCGUUCACGAGGAUGAUUCUUCCUUCAAGCUUUCAUCUGUGUUGAUAGGAAAUGGAUUUACCGAUCCUCAAACACAGUAUCAGUACUAUGAACCAAUGGCCUGUGGUAGAGGUGGCUAUCCUUCGGUUCUUGAACCAGAAGAUUGCAAAAAAAUGAACGACAGUGUGCCCACAUGCGUGACUCUCAGCGAACGCUGUUAUAAAUCGAACUCAUUAAUCCCAUGUACCAUUGCCGAUCUCUAUUGCGAACAACAGAUUACAGGGGUGUAUGAAAAAUCUGGAAGAAGUAACUACGAUAUACGGUCUACCUGCGAUGCUCCUGAAUUCUCUGGCGCUUGCUUUAAAGAGGAGGUAUACAUUACCGAAUACUUGAACUUAGAAGAGGUCCAGGAAGCAUUGGGAGUUGAGGUGAACAAGUUCGAAAGUUGCAGCAGAGACGUAGGCAUUGGGUUCUCCUUCUCGGGAGACAGCCCCAAACCGUUCCAUCAGUAUGUCGCAGAACUGGUCGACAAAGACAUUGAUGUUUUAAUCUAUGCUGGUGAUAAGGAUUACAUUUGCAACUGGCUAGGAAAUAUGGCAUGGACUGACAAGCUUGAAUGGAAGUACCACGAAGAGUAUGAGAAGCAAAGUUUGCAAAAAUGGAUAAACGAAGAGACAAAUGAAGCUUUAGGUGAAGCCAAAUCAUAUGGGUCGCUCACAUUCUUGAGAGUAUACGAUGCUGGUCAUAUGGUGCCUCAUGAUCAACCUGAGAACUCUUUACAAUUUUUAAACUCUUGGAUUCGUGCCGUUGAUGGCAAAAACUGA